UACUGAUGCACUCGGUGGCUUACUAAUACCAUAGUACCAAAACCUUAUGAGGUCGUCUCUCGAAUAUUCUAGAUAAUUCUUAAUACUUUACUAUUCGCACUGAUUGCAGAUUGUCGUUUACUUCCGAUUUAUAAGUUGCAACUUGAGUGUAAUAAUGUGUGCUUUUAUAUAUUAUACCAUCUAGGUUAUUUUUUUCAUAAAAUUUAAAAUAAUCAAAUGAAGUUAUGUAUCUUUAAUGUUUUAAUAGAAAAAUAAAUUAAUUGGCUAUUAUAGUAUUUUUUUUUUGAUGUUGAAAUAUAAUGCCGUUUGGUGAACGUUUUAAUAAAUUUAAACCCAAAUUAAGUGAACGUAUUCGAGGAAAAACUACCAACGAAAUACUUGAAGAAAUAAAAAAAAAUUUCAACAAUAAUACAGAUUCCAACAUGGAUUUUGACAACGUUGAUUCUAAUUCCAUAGAAAGGAACGAAUUUCCAUUUGAUGAUGAAAUUUUAAAUGGUCAUUUAAGUGUUCGUUCUCAUUUAGAAGAUUUAGCCAAACGGCAUCCCGACAUUGCUAAUCAUUUACGUUGUCCCCCCUGGGAAGGUGAACCUAGUUCAAAACGUUGGAAUAAAAAAAAAUCAGAUUCUGAAGAAAAAAAUAUUUCUGAAGAACCAUCAAAUCUCAAUUCAAGUUAUUCUGAAAGUGUAGAUUCUAAUUCUUGUCAAAAACCUGAAGACAACAUGAGCCAACAUCAAAAUACUGAUAAUAAUUUAGAAAAUUUGGAUAAUAACGACGAAAAACCUCAACGAUUUGUAUCUAAGUUAGAAUUUACUCCAGUAAACCCUAAUAAUCAAACUGAAAAUACUGAUCUUAACCAGGAACAGCAACCACAACAACAACAAUCACAGCAACAGCAAAAAGAUUGUCAGAAAAAUACUACUCCACCACAAGGAGGACAAAAACAACCUAAUGUACGGCAUAUUCCAAUAUUUGUGGAAGGGCGAUCAGAACCUGUUUAUCCAAAAAAUAUAGACAAAGUGUUAAACAAUUCAAUGGGUUCAAAUAAAUCUAAACCAAAUUCUGGUAGACAAAGUCCAUUUAAAAAUCAUCAUUCCUUUUAUGACCAAAAUAAUGUUCAUCAUCGUCAAACUCCUCCACCACCUCCACAACAUCAACAAGCAGCUUCACAAGAUUCAAGAUCCACACAAUCACCACCUCCAACACGCCAACAAACACAAAUAGAUGCAUUAGAUAAAGUGCAAAUUGUUCAAGCAGAAGUAGAAGAACUUGGAAAAGCAGUUGAUAUAUUUUCUGGUAAUUCGCGCAAUGACAAACAAUACAUUUAUCUAGAUGAGAUGCUUACCAGGAAUUUAAUAAAGUUGGAUACAAUUGAAACAGAAGGAAGAGAUGAUGUUCGUAUUGCUAGAAAAAAAGCUAUAAAAACUAUACAAGAUACAAUUGCUGUUUUAGAAGAUAAAGUUCCUCAAUCAAAAACAGAACCCAUAGUUGUCGAUGAAUCAAAUGAAAAUUCAAUUAAAUUGAAUCAAGUAGACAAUUCUACUGAUGAAACAAAUUCUGAGACUAAUACUGAGAGUGUAAAAAACUAAAAUUACUAAUUCUUAAACCAUAAAAUAAAAAGUAGUUGAUAUAAAAUAUUUACAAAAAAAUUAAUUAUGAAUGAUUUAUAUAUUUAACAAAGUAAUUAUUUUAAUUAAAAAGUUUAACUCUAAUUGUUAACUUUAAAAAAAUUUAAUAACACUUAUUAAAA